ACUCGAAAGUAUUGAGGUUAUGUUUGUAUUGAUGUUUGUGUACAAGAAAUACUACAUUUUAAUGAUAAGUUUCUGUUGAAAACGAAUAUAAAGUAGCGUUAGUGGACUGGUAAAAAUGUUUUCCAUAUGCCGGCAGAGCCAUCCCGCCACAGGCGUCGAACACGCGAUAUCCUGCUUCUUUUUCAACAAAGUCGAGAAAUGUUUAAUAACAGCGGGCGCUAAUACACUCAAAGUAUUCCGUCUCGUUCCCGAUGCGGAUUCCAGGAUCAAAACCGAACGUUAUUCAGAAUUCUACCCUCCCAAGUCCAAGCUGGAAUGUAUGGCGCAAUACACUCUAUUCGGCAACAUCGUGUCCAUUCAAAGAGUAUCGCUCACGAAUUUCCAAAGAGACGCUUUACUCUUAGCCUUUUCCGAUGCAAAGUUAUCGGUCGUGGAGUACGAUCCGGAAAACCACGAUUUGAGAACUCUGAGUUUGCAUUACUUCGAAGAAGAUGAUAUGAAGGACGGUUGGACGCAUCAUCACCACGUUCCCUUAGUACGAGUGGAUCCGGAAAAUCGUUGUGCGGUUAUGACUGUGUUCGGUAGAAAAUUAGUCGUGUUGCCAUUUCGAAGGGACACUUCUAUAGACGACAGCGACGCCGACGUGAAACCGAUGGCGUCCAGUACAGGCAUAGCAAAAGGCCACAUUCUCGCCUCCUACAUGAUCGUCCUGAAAGAUUUCAUCGAAAAAAUCGAUAACAUCAUCGAUAUACAAUUCCUGCACGGUUAUUACGAACCUACUCUGCUCAUCUUGUACGAGCCUUUGAAGACUUUUUCCGGGCGAGUCGCUGUGAGAACUGACACUUGUGCAAUGGCCGCCAUUUCUAUAAAUCUGCAACAGAAAGUGCAUCCGGUUAUAUGGAGUGUUGCGAACCUACCGUUCGAUUGCGUCCGGGCGGUACCCAUUAAAAAACCUAUAGGAGGAACUUUAAUAUUAGCUGUGAAUUCUUUGAUAUACCUCAAUCAAAGCAUACCACCUUACGGUGUGUCGUUGAAUAGCGUAGCCGAGUCUUCUUCGAAUUUCCCCUUAAAGCCUCAAGAUGGAUUGAAAAUUACAUUAGAUUGCGUACAAGUCGGCUUUUUGGACGACGAAUCGCUCGUGUUGUCUCUAAAAGGAGGCGAAUUAUACGUGUUAACUCUACUAGCGGAUAGCAUGAGGUGCAUCAGAAAUUUCCACUUCGAAAAAGCGGCUGCCAGCGUGUUAACGACCUGCAUAUGCGUGUGCGAGAAUAACUUCCUGUUUUUGGGCUCACGGCUGGGCAAUUCGCUGUUGUUGAGGUUCACCGAGCAAGCCAACGAAGUGAUAACGUUGGACGACAACGACGAGCCGACGGCGAAACGAUCGAAAAACGAUCUCGAACGAAGCGAAUCGGACAGGAUGCUGGACAGCCUGAACGAUUGCAUGGCCAGCGACGUGCUGGACAUUCGAGAUCCCGAGGAAUUGGAAGUGUACGGAACGCAAAAACAGGCCGGUAAUAAAACGUUAGUAACAGAGACAACCAAGGAGACUGGUAUCCAAAUAACGAGCUACAUAUUCGAAGUGUGCGAUACGUUACUGAACAUCGGACCCUGCGGUAACGUUUCCAUCGGAGAACCGGCUUUUUUGAGCGAAGAAUUCAACACCAACCUCGAUUUGAAUUUGGAAUUGGUCACCACGGCGGGCUACGGUAAAAACGGCGCUCUGUGCGUUUUACAGAAGAACAUCCGACCUCAAAUCGUCACUACAUUCACGCUACCCGGUUGCUCUAACAUGUGGACCGUUAAAAGCGGCGAAGACAAGCACGCUUUUUUGAUUUUGAGCCAGGAGGAUGGGACGAUGAUUCUCCAAACGGGCCAAGAAAUCAACGAGAUCGACAACACCGGAUUCGCCACGCACGGCCCCACCGUCUACGCCGGCAAUUUGGGCAACAACAAAUACAUAGUGCAAGUGACUACGGUGGCGGUGAGACUGUUACAAGGUGUUGCGCAGCUACAACAUGUACCGAUGGAUUUGGGCUCGCCGAUCGUGCAUAUAUCGAGCGCCGAUCCCUACAUAUCGAUCAUGACCUCCGACGGGCAGGUGAUCACUCUCAUGUUGAGGGAAACCAGAGGAGUCGCGAAAUUGGUCGUCAGCAAAUCCACUUUAUCCAACGAUUUUAUAUCAAAAGAUUUGUGUAAAGAAACCAGAGGAGUCGUGAAAUUGGUCGUCAGCAAAUCCACUUUAUCCAACUCACCGCCGGUGUCAACGAUAUGCAUGUACAAAGACACGUCCGGCCUGUUCACCAAUCGCAUACCCGAAGAAUUCACGCAAGUACCUGCGCACGUGAUCGGCGAACAGGAGACGAAAUCCGAAGUGGAGAACGAGGACGAUCUGUUGUACGGCGAGGACGAUUUCAAGAUGCCCUCGUUGAAUCCGCCGGCGCCCAAACCGAAGGUCUACUACAACUGGUGGAAGAAAUAUUUGACGCCCAACAGGCCGACGUUUUGGCUGUUCGUCGUCCGGGAUAAUUCCAAUUUGGAGAUCUAUUCCAUACCGGAUUUCAAAUUGUGCUUCUACGUUGCGAACCUUUGCUUCGGAUAUAAAGUAUUAGUAGACAGUUUGGAAUCGGUAUCGCCCCAAUCAACUUCAGCCCCGUGCGACGCCCAAUUCCAGGAACAGUACCAGGUCAAGGAGUUGCUGAUGGUGGGACUGGGCAACAACGGAAUGAGACCCAUGUUGUUGGUGCGAUUGCAGAAAGAUCUGUACAUAUACGAAGCGUUCAGAUUUCCCAGGGGCAAUUUGAAGUUGCGCUUCAAGAAGACCAAGCACAACAUCCUGUACAGUCCGAAUUCGGAGGGGGCGAUAGAGACGGAGAAUUCGGAUUAUUUCACGUUGCAGGAGAAGAUCGUGAGAUUGCGGUACUUCGAUAACAUAUCGGGUUACAACGGGGUGUUUAUAUGCGGAUCGAAUCCGCAUUGGUUGUUUUUGACGGCGAGGGGAGAUUUAAGGACGCAUCCGAUGGUGAUCGAUGGGGAAGUGUUGAAUUUCGCGCCUUUUAACAACGUCAAUUGCCCGCAAGGGUUUCUCUAUUUCAACAAAAAGUCCGAAUUAAGAAUCGGCGUUCUACCUACACAUUUGAGCUACGACGCCCCUUGGCCGGUGAGAAAGGUCCCCUUAAGGUGCACCCCGCACUUCGUCAGCUACCAUUUGGAAUCCAAGACCUACUGCCUGGUAACCAGCCUCUCCGAACCCACCAUACAGUAUUACAAAUUCAACGGGGAAGACAAGGAACUGUCCAUCGAAGACAAAGGAGACCGAUUUCCGUAUCCGCAUCAAGAAGUGUUCAGUUUGUGCCUGUUCUCGCCGGUAUCUUGGGACAUCAUACCGAACACGAAGCUGGAUUUGGACGAAUGGGAGCACGUGAAUUGCUUGAAAAACGUGGCCUUGGCCUACGAAGGAACCCGGUCAGGUCUUAAAGGAUACAUCGCGGUGGGUACGAAUUACAAUUACGGCGAGGACAUAACGUCCAGAGGACGGAUAUUAAUCUACGAUAUCAUCGAAGUGGUGCCGGAGCCGGGACAGCCUUUGACUAAAAAUAAAUUCAAAGAAAUCUACGCGAAGGAUCAGAAGGGGCCGGUCACGGCCUUGUCUCAAGUGAAAGGUUUUUUGGUAUCGGCUGUAGGACAAAAGAUAUACAUUUGGCAAUUGAAGGACAACGAUUUAAUAGGAGUGGCUUUUAUCGAUACGCAAGUCUAUACGCAUCAAAUUCUCACCAUUAAAAGUUUGCUCUUAGUAGGCGAUGUGUACAAAUCGAUAUCUCUGUUGAGAUUUCAGGAGGAAUAUAGAACUUUAUCGUUGGUGUCUAGAGAUUUCAAACCAUGCGAAGUCUACGCGGUAGAAUACAUGAUCGAUAAUUCAUCGUUGGGAUUCCUAGUUUCGGACAGGGAGAAGAAUUUAGUGAUUUACAUGUAUCAACCGGAGUCGAGGGAAUCGUUAGGAGGGCAAAAACUGUUGAGGAAAGCCGAUUUCCACCUGGGCCAAGCGGUGACCAGUUUCUUCAAAAUAAAAUGCAAAUUAGGCGAGUUGGGCGAGGACAAGAAACAUUUUUCGGGCGCCGAUCGGAGGUUCAUCACGAUGUUCGCAACGUUGGAUGGCGGUCUCGGUUAUUUGAUGCCCAUUCCGGAGAAGACUUACAGGAGAUUGUUGAUGUUGCAAAACGUGUUGUUGUCUCAAGGGGCGCACAUCGCUGGAUUGAACCCCAAAGCGUAUAGGACUUACAAGAGUUGGAGGAAAUUACAGAGCAAUCCGGCGAGAUCUAUCAUAGACGGGGAUCUGGUGUGGAAUUUCUUGCAUCUUUCCAUACCGGAAAAAUCCGAAGUGUCCAAGAAAAUCGGCACGAAAUUGGAAGAAAUUACCGAAGAUUUGACCGAUAUUCAUAAGCUUACGAAUCAUUUUUGAAUGUUUUUGUUAGUUGCGUUCGUUCCUAAAUGUUUAUAUAUCUACAAUUUUUUUGAAAGAAGAGUAAACUUUUAUUUAAUUUUAUAAAAUAAUCACAGAUUAUAAUAUUGCUCGAAUCCGUUGUCUAUGAUACACGUUUUAAACUUUAAAUUUGGCCAUGUCACUGGUAAAUUUUCUUAGACAAAUUACCUAAAGUAGCCACGUGUAGAAGAUUAAAAUGUGAUCUAGAAAGCGAACUCAAACCUUAAAAAUCAAAGAAACAUUUACUAAAAUAAACAAUAAUUAUUUGCAAAAUUCAAUUCAAAGUGAUGAGUUGUCGAAUUCUACAAAAAUACAAAAAACGAAUUACAGUUUCACAUCGAAAUAUUUUAAAUUUUCACGUUUGUUCAUAAUCGUCACAAAAAAAAAACAAUUCAACUCGCAUCAAAAUAAAGAGUUAUCAUUGUACCAUUGAAUUAAACCAGUCUUGUGGGGAAAAUCGAAACUUCAACCUCUUAAACUAUAACUUCUCAACGUCAGCAUUUUGGAUUUUUUGCCUUGCACUUCGUUUUGGACCUUUUUAUUACUCCCUUUCUUCUUUAUCGGGGUCCGCUUGUUAUUGACUUUCCUCGAGUUCCUUUUAUUGUUCGUAGAUUUGUUUUUCUCGCGCAUUUUCAAAUAAACCGACAUCAUAGCCUGCGUGUAACCUUCUACAUGUUGUGCGGGAUUACUCUCCGUUCUCUGUACAUAGGAAUCAUUCUUUUCGAUGCAUCUGUAAUAUAUAUCCAGCAUCGCGUACGUAGGAUUCAUCGCUUCGACAUCCUCCGAAGUCAAACACGAAAAAUUAUCAUCGUUAUCGUCCGUUAUCUUCCUUUCUCUACCUUGCUUUAUGAUGUUCUCCGGAUCGGUGAGGAUCUUCGACCAGCUCAUCACGACGUUCUGAACCUUGAUGUUCUUCCUCAGCUUCGGCCUUUUGAACACUAUAUUCGAAUCUAACGUCUGCAGGGGGCUGCUCUUCAGGAAACCAUCGCAAGCCGGCGCCUUCGAUUUGUAACAUUUCACUUUCUUCGGUGGAUUUCCCCAACCUUCGACGUUAUCGAAAUCUAAAUUGCAGUCGUUUUUGUAACCGUAAUCCUUCUUCGCUUUAGAGAAUAUGUAGCGACAAUGUUCGUAGUCCGGUUCUUCCUCCAAUUGUAGCUUAUCCAUGUACUGGAAAUAGUCCAAAACGAACCGCGGAUAAUUACUCCCGAAGCACAAACUCAAGAAAUCCUUCAAAUAUCUGAAACACUUCAUCUUCUUGCGCUCGACCUCAUCGACCUGCUCGAGAUCUUCGAUCCAAGGCAGCGACCCCGUGAGCCAAUACACCAUGUUAUACGCCAAACACUCGAGGUCCGAGCGUCGCGACGGCACCCCCUUGUGGGCGUCCCUCGAACAAAACAACACCGUCCCCGCGUGGGCCUUCCGGUUGUCGGGCUCCUUGUGCUCGCCCGUCGACAGCGAGUACUUCGAGGCCAGCCCGAAAUCGAUCAGGUACACUCGAUCGAGUGUCCGAUCGUUCGUGGCGGCCGCUCGGUGUCGCUCCAUGUUGAGCUCGUGCUCGAGCAGCAUCUCGUCGAGAGAGGUGUUCUCCGAGUAGUCGACGACGUUGUUGCGUCUCAGAUCUCUCGCGGGUUUCCUUCGAACGGGCUUCAAUUGCCUCUUCGGGUAUCGCCUCGUGGCGGUCGUCUUUUCGCGGUCUUUUACUGGGUGGGAAGUUCUGGUGGUGGCCAAUGUUAUGUUGGAUGCUUUGAUGUCCGAGUGGAUGUAUCCGUGCGAAUGGAUGUACUCGAGUAUGUCUAGUAUUUGCAGGCAUACGUUCGAUACUGUUUUGAUGUUGAAUAUCCGCUUUUCUUUAAGUAUUUGCUCCAGAUUCGUUUCGUAUUUCGGCAACAAGAGGAAGCGGUACUUCUCUUUAUUGUGGAAACAAGAGCCCGAGCCUAUGUAAUGUGGCAUUCCGAGGUUACUCAUUUUUUUGGCCUCCUUCCAUUCCUCGAUGUUUUCUAGUUUUCCGAUACGCAAAUAGCAAUUAAUUUCAGCGAAUAGAGGUCCGCUGGAAUGUUUUUCGACUUUAGCCACGUACGAAUUAUCUAAUACUUUUCCGGCGAUGCUUCGCGAGGCUUCGUAUAUCUCCCCGAAGCCCCCUACGCCUAUCGCUUUUCCCAAUUCCCACGUUUCACCGCUGAUGUCCGUGAUCAAUUCGCCCCGUUGAAAGUUGGCGCUCUUAAUGGAACUGUCGGAGCCCUUCUUUUUGGGCGGCUCGUCUUCGUCGUCUUUGUGUUUGUGGUUUAUUCUCGGCAUGGUGGAGAUGUAUUCGAUUUCAAAAGUGUUUUUUGGUGGCCAGAUUGCCAAAGGAAAUCAAAACACUCG